AUGGUGGCUGCAGCGGGGGGCAAAGAGCCAGGCGUUACCGGCGGCCCCGCCGCCCGCCCCCCCUCCCCGCCCCGCUCCCACCCGCCGGCACCGGCGAAAACGAAUUGGGCUCGGGGCCUCCCGCCGCUGCCCCCGCCCCGGCUGCCCGAGCCCGGGGCCACCGGGGCUCUCUCGGGGCGCGGCGAUUCCGCCCCAGCCCGACCCCCCCCCCCAGCCCCACCGCCGGGGUCCCCGCGGCCGCCGCCCGAGCCCCUCUCCCGUUCCUCUGCACCACCUCCCGCCCCCACCCCGCUCCCGGCCCGCCCGAUGUCCCCCCCGCCGUGCCCCGAGGGCCGGGCCCGGUGUCGCCGGUCCCUCUUUGACGCCUCCAACUUUUCCCUGCCGCGGGCGCGGAGCGGCCCCGGUCGCGGUUUCGCCACCGCCUUCCCGGGGUUGAGGGGUCGAGUCGACACCGUUGACCCCCCCCUUAUCCCCAGGUACCCCCCGUACCCCCUCCGGCCCGGUCAGCCGCGCCCGGCUUCUCCUCCCCGCCCCGGGGCUCCCCGCGGCCGCCGGAGCGCGGCCCGUAAAAUGCGGCGGCACCAACCGGGGGGCGGCGGGGGGCGGCCGGAGCCCCCCCGGGGGUCGCGGGGGCCGCGGGCGGUGGCGCUGCCGGGGGCGCCCCCGGGGCCGGGCGGCGCGGCGGGGCCGGGGUGGGGGGCACCGCCCGGGGCGAGGGCCGGGGGCGCCGCGGGGGAGCGGGGGGGCGGCUCCGCCAGGUCGGGCCCCCCCGGGGCGGCGGCGCGGCGGCUCCGCGCUGAUUUCGUUGAUGCCGCUCGGCCGCCGCUGCCCACUCCGUCCCACCGGGACCGCGGCGCCCCGGAUGGCACCUGGGCUGGCGCUGGCCCGCAGGGAGGCAGCGCCCACCCCGGCCCUGCCAGUGCCGGUGCCGUGCUGGGCACCGAUUCCCGGGCAUCCUCCUGGCACAGCGUGUCCCUUUCCCGCAGCACCGUCCAGCUCCCUCUGCUGCUGCCAUCUUCGUUUCGCCGCCCAGGGGACUCGCAGCCCUCGGGGGGUGGCCACACCCCGGGUGUCAGGGCAGUGAAGCCAUCGGCGCCCUGGUUCCUGGAUCAGACUUACUGCCCCAAAUUCUGCCUGAGGCCGAGGAGAUGCCGCAGUGUGAGUGGCCGAGCUGGCCCGUGGGGGGACAAGGACGGGGACAGGCACAAGCCCCCGGCCCAGAGCACCCAUUCCAGCCUCAUUAGCAGCCGGUGA